ACGUAAGGAGGUAUGACGUAGGAAUGUACACGUCGGCGAGCCGGAUAUCCAAGAUGGCUAUCUUUCCCUGUUCGGGGUAGUCUGCCCUACCGGUUGAUUAGGUUUCUGAGUGAGGUCUCCAGGUGAUCGUCGCGGGCAGUUUCUGCGAGGAGCUGUCAGGCUGCGGUUGGAAGAAAGUACACGUUUACUUGAAAAUUGCGGGCAUUGACUUGAAAACACAAAAUGCAGCCACCUCCUCAGACCGGCCCACCUGGGGCGUUUGGCUCCUCGCGCAUGCCGAUGACCACUAACGCUUACUGGCGUAAAAGGGCGCCUCCACCUGCUCCGGUGACCACGGCUUCUGUGCAGCCCGUCACUGACCCGUUUGCGUUUGGCCACAUGACGUCGCAAAAUAUGUCAACGAGCAACACGGCGACAUCUCAGAACAUGCUAGCGAGCAAUGCGCCAAGAGGCGGCCUGCUGGGAAUGGCGAGUGCGUCCCCGUCGCUGUACCCGCAGCCUCUUCCUGCUAGUUCUUCGGCUGGCGAUGGUGCUCAUGGUGGCCAAGGCUCUGUAUCGCAACCCGUGAGUAAAGGAGCCCCUUUCGCCGGUGCGUCUGGGCCACCGGCCGGGAGUGGAUACUUCACGAAUAAUGCUCCUCCUCGUCCUUCCGCGCAGUCCGGUCACGGCCAUCUUCCUCCUCAGCCUUUCCAUUACAUGGCGAGCGGACUUGAAAAUGCUUAUUUGCCGUCUCAAAACCGAUCCCAGAGUCGGCAGGGUCACCCUCCAGAACAGAAUAACAGCGGAGCUGCUGCUGCUGCUUCUUUAUCUUUUGUCCCCACACCACCGCAGCAAAGCACUGGCCCCUGGGUGUCCAUGCCCGGCCCACCUCCUACCUCUGUGCAGAAUUUCGCCCCACCUGCCCAAGCAUCGGUGUACAAUGCCCCAUAUUCCUCCCCUGAUUAUUUAGAAGUAUCUAAUCUUCCUCCCCAGUCUGUUCUCCUUCCAAACGACCCAGCGUAUGCACAAGCACCCCAAAGGGUGGCACCUACCCAAUUUCCAGGCAACGCAAAUUACGGCGUCUCGCAGGGUGCUUCGCAGUUCAGCAGCAUGCAUCAAAUGGAUUAUAUGCACAGCCACAAUCCCGAACAGAACAGCUGGUACAAGCAGCCUUACGAAGAACAGAUGCAUCCGCCACUAGUCAACCCUACCGCUGCGACUUCCGGGACUCAGUCGUCAGGGCCUGAGAACAGACCCCAGGGCGAAUAUGAUAAAGCGUCCUCCAGCCACAACCUCCCAGACACGGACUCCGGUACAAUAUCAAUGUUUUUUAAAGGGGACGAAGCGGAGAACGUAGAGAUAAUUUCAUCCGAACAGCAUCACGCUUUUAACAUUCAAUCGCAUGAUGCAUCUCAUUUCCAGAAUACUGGACAUAUGGGUGGUGUGCCUUCAUCACAAUCCCAAAGCUCUGGGGCGAAUACACCGUCACAGCCUCCGGUGGCAUCGGGUCCCAGUUCCCCAAACUCUCAGUCCCUCUCAACCCAGAAUUCCAGCAGCACUCAGGACUCACAGUCGGCACGGGCACAGGAUGUCUAUAGCGUUGGCAGCAAUGUUGCUCUUGCCAUAGUGGAUCCUCAAUAUGAAAAUGUCGAGAAUAUAGAAUGCGUUCAAAAUCUGGAAGUUCUCCCAAACGAGCCCAAUAUCAGCCUUUUCCCUCCAAGUGUUAGCUCGGAUCUGUUCAGGUAUGGACAGGCUGCUGGGCCGACCCAAGUGAAGAAUGCCGUCAACCCUACCGAAGGCGGUCCGAACUUGGAGACGCUCGAUUGUUCGAGUCGCCCGGCUAGAUCUGACAGCGUAUCUUCAGGCUACAGUAACCUAAGUCACAGGAGUCUGCCAGCUUCCAACAGACCUCAAGAACUGGUCGGGACUUUUAUUCAAAAGGAGAGCGGUAAGCUGGACAAUGACCCCGCCAACGGCUUCUUUAAGCAAGUCGAUUCUUCUCCCCUGGGUGGAGAUGCUGGUGGUCAGAAUAUGGGCCAAAACGCUUUUCACGCUAACACGUCUCACCCACCGACACCAAGCCCACCUAAACCCACAGGGUUGUUUCAGACGAGCGCAAAUAGCUCCUUUGAACCUGUUCGAUCUCAUGCGGUGGGAUUAAAACCAGCAGAGGUUGACCAAGCAAAAGGGUCUGGAGAUGUAAGAGAGCAUUAUAACUUGCUACCCAGUGCUUCUCAUGGGGUGUCCAUCCCAGCAGCUUCCCCUGGUAAUAUGGAACACCCUCCAGAUAAUAUGGAAACCAUUUUCACAGAUAACUCAAAUCUCUUUACCGCAAACAGUGCAAAUGUUUUUAAGCCCAUGGCAGGUCCGUCGUUUGAGAGCAUAUCAUCUCUGCUCGAGAAACGGCCGUCCUCCAGGGCUCACGGCUCGAACAAAAAGUGUGAAAGUCCAGCCACGACGCUGUGGGCUCAAGGGGAACUGCCUAAUUUCGGAGGGAACGUACUUCUAGCUCCGGCGGCCCCGGUCUUGUACGCUCCGGCUAAAUCUCAAGCUGAGGUUAUCCAGCCUCCGGAAGAUGGGUUGCCCGAACCGCAACCAGGCAGACAAGAGGUAACAAAAUUUCAGGCAACCCCCGAGGAGCGCAUUCCUUCUGAAAACCUCGAAAAUCCUCCAAAGAUCGGAGAAGACGAGCAAGUUCACUCCCAGGCAAGUUCAGGUUACGCCAGUUUGUUGUCUUCGCCUCCAACUGAAACUUUGCAAAAUCAACCUGUUUUGAUUGCUCCUCCAAAUAAAUCCUAUAAUCUGCUUCAGCCAAUUAAUUUCUCUUUGUCUCUACCGAAUCAGGCUAGAAGCGUGAAUUCAGGGAAAGAUUCUAGUGCUGAGGACAAGCGUAUUCCGUCGAGCGGGGCUCCGACGACUAAUCUUAAUUCUGAUCAAAGUGCACCGCUUUCUUUGAUACAAUCUGGACAGGUCAUAGAUCCACCUUUACUUUCUAUCUCAUCGAAUAAUAAAUCUGCCCCGGGUGUUGCUAAUUUUCAUGAACCUUUUCCUAAUCAGGCAUUAAAUGUACCAAUGUCGUCUUCAACUAAUCAGGUCCCCCUGAAUUUGGUCACAGAAGGUCAAAAGACUAUGAAGGUUGAAAAUACUCCUUUUGAUUUUGGUAAUAAAUCUUCAAUUCCUGUGUCUGUUUCUACUGGAUCAAAUCUCCCACCGCGUACUGGAAACGGGGUCUCUGCUCCGCCAGUAACUAGUAGCGUCGGCUCUAUCAAUCGGACCAACAGUCAGGUGGAGACCACCGGUGCGUUGGACUUCACAGUUCCUCGAGCACCAGCCAAUCACAACGCAAGCAAUGGGGCAAACGUGGUCAACCACCCACCUGCGGGAGGCCCUGUACAGUCUGUCAAUACCCAGAAUUACCAGCCGGGUCCUGAUAUUAACAAGCAGGGGUUUUAUCGACAGGUUACUGGCGACGCGCGGUCAGACCCUCAACGCGGUCAAGAAACAUCCCAUGUUUACAUGGCCCCCGCGUCUCAACCAACACCCGCCUCUGCUUCUGCUCAAAUAACCUCCGGAGCAAAACCACAACAAGGUGAAAAGCCAGUGCCAGGUGUGCCGCAGCAAACCUCUUUACUACCUAAUAGUAGCGGCGCUCCAGAGCCGGCUUCUCAAUAUGGACCAUCUGAGCCACUGCCGCAUUCUAUUCAGCACACAGCGGCCACAUCGGCACCGGUAAACCUCAACCAUACAGCUGGGUACGCUGAGCCACCGAGACCACCGCCUUCCCAUACUCCUCAGCAAGCAGACCCCUAUUACUACUACAGAGGUUACAACGCUUACCCACCUGCCUACCCCCAACAAUACCCACCUGUGGAUCCCAGAUCUCAUAUGUACUAUCAGGAUGCCUACGCAGCAUAUGACCCUUCCUACAGGCAGUACCCAGGGAAGUAUCCGUACCCGGAACCAGAACGGCCCAGCUCCCGAUCCAGUCACUGUUCGGAUCGCCCAUCUUCACGACAGGGGUACAGUGCUAAGGGAGAAUGGAGUGCGCCCAACAGUUACUAUCCGGACUACUACCAGAGCCAGUAUGAAUAUGGAGACCCUGCUCGUUGGGACCGCUAUCCCGGAGCGUACGAUCCAGGAUAUAGAGACCCCAGGAGCAAUUACUGGAGUUACAUGUACAGAAGCCAGGAGGACCCGUACCAAAGAAAAGCCCCAUAUGCCUACACCAGCAGAUAUGAUGUGUAUGAAGACCGUUGGCAAUAUGACCCUCGUUACGUUGGUGGCUUUGAUGAAGAAAAUGAGCCCCAAAGAGACCUCGCCAAAGAUGACUUUGACCGCCGCAGCGUACACAGCGAGCAUUCAGCGCGCAGCCUGCACAGCGGACGCAGCGCUCACAGCCGGCGGAGCAGCUUCAGCUCCCACUCGCAACACAGCCAGAUUUACAAAAGCCAGCAUGACCUCACUGCCAACGCAUACGAUCCCCAAUUUCCGAAUCCCCCGCCUGCUGAAUACCCCUACGGGGUGUAUCCGAAUGAUUAUACCAACCAGCAGUCGAUGGACACAUAUCCGUACGGGUACCAGACCAGCACCGAAUGGCAGCCGGUGGAGCAAGUUCCUUCACGGCCGGUCACCCCGGAGAAGUUUGGUAGCCCCCAUGUUUGCGCCAGGUUUGGUCCUGGGGGUUUCCUCAUCAAAGUACUCCCUAACCUACCUUCGGACGGACAACCAACUUUAGUUGAGAUCCAUACCAUGGAGGUCAUUAUGCAGAACAGUGUGGAACGGGAGCAGCUGAGAUCGUUCCCUGGUCCUUUGGUGAAGGAUGAAACUCAUAAAGUUGACGUCAUCAAUUUUGCCCAAAGCAAAGCCAAAGAAUGUUCGCAGAACGAGGGUUUGUUGGACCAGGAAUCGGCACGACUGCUCUGGGACUUCGUCGUUCUUCUGUGCAGGCAAAACGGGACCGUUGUAGGGACUGAUAUAGCUGAGCUCCUCUUACGAGAGCACAAAACGGUUUGGCUUCCGGGGAAAUCUCCAGACGAGGCCAACCUGAUCGAUUUCACCAACGAGGCUCUGGAACAAGAAGAAGAAUCCGGUGCCUCUCAGCUCUCGUUCCUCGCGGAUAUGUUACCGAGCGAGGGGAAGAUGCUGGAGAAAGAGACAGAGAGGUUCAGGGAACUGCUGCUGUUUGGACGUAAAAAGGACGCCUUGGAAACGGCCAUGAAACACGGGCUGUGGGGUCACGCAUUGCUUCUCGCCAGCAAAAUGGACAGCCGGACGCACUCGCGAGUUAUGACCAGGUUUGCCAACAGCCUCCCAAUUAACGAUCCCCUACAGACGGUUUAUCAGCUCUUGUCUGGACGGAUGCCAGCGGCAGCCAAUUCCUGCGGAGAUGAGAAAUGGGGAGAUUGGAGGCCUCAUCUUGCAAUGGUGCUCUCUAACAUUACCAAUAACUUGGAAGUACCGACGAGGACUAUGACCACCAUGGGAGACACAUUAGCUUCUCGCGGUCUGUUGGAAGCCGCUCAUUUCUGUUACUUAAUGGCUCAGGUUGGCUUUGGGUUCUACACAAAGAAAACUACGAAGUUAGUCCUCAUCGGCUCCAAUCACAGCUUGCCUUUUACAAAGUUUGCUACCAACGAAGCCAUCCAGCGAACCGAGGCUUAUGAAUAUGCCCAGUCUCUGGGUACCCAAACCAUCUCGCUUCCUAAUAUUCAAGUUUUUAAAUUUGUCUACGCUUGCCGGCUGGCCGAGAGCGGUCUCUCCGCUCAGGCGUUUCAUUACUGCGAAGUGAUUGCCAAGACCGUUCUGAAACACCCGUCUUAUUACUCCCCGGUGCUUGUCGGCCAGCUGCUUGAGGUGUCCUCCCAUCUGAGAUUCUUUGACCCUCAGUUGAAGGAGAAACCGGAGCAGGAAAUGUUUAUCGAGCCGUCCUGGCUACUGCGUCUCCGCCACCUGGACAUGCAGAUGAAGCAAGGGACCGUUGUGUACAACACCGGCAGGAGCACCCCUCAGCAGUACGCCUGCAGCACGCCGAGCUCCGAGAUGGACCACGUCAGCCAAACCGACGGCAUGGCGGCCCCUCACGAUGCGCCCGUCCAUACAGAUAAUCAAUUACUGGCAACGUUUCUGCCCAGCAUGAUGCCAGAAGUCCAGGGUGUUCAGCUGGCGACACCGGGUCCUGAAAAUCCACCUUUUACUUACCAACCUCCUGUGGCCAGCGAACCCUCGUAUCCAGGUACCCCACAGUCUGUUGCCCCUGCAUCUGCUUUCCCCCCUCCAGUCAGUGGACAGGGUUUUGUUCCCUACAGCGACAAGCAGCCACCUGCCUACACGGCGCCUGUGACCAGUCCUUUAAUGCCUCCUACCCCACAACCCAUAGAAUAUCCCCCCCAGGAGCAGUGGAGCCAAGAUCCCGGAGUUCAGAUGAUUCCCCAGGGGUCACCUACCAAAAUGGUUCAUGACUCGGGAUUCGAUUUUUACGGAGAAAUGGCUAAAAUGGCUCCGGGUCAGCGAUCCAGAACGGUUUCUCAGUCGUCGUUACACAUGAGGAGGACAAGAACAACCUCGGAAUCUUCAACCCACUCCAUAGGGUCGGGAAGAAGAAGUUCGGUUGGAAUGCAGCCAUCACCACCCCCUCCAUCCAUCCCUGAAGUAGACAGACAGGAACCCAAAAAGGAAUCUAAAGCACACACGGCGUCUCAAGGGGGUGGUAAAAGUUGGUUUCCCCUGAAAAUCGGCUGGCUGAUGGGAAAAGGCAAGAGCGAGGCCCACCUUCCAGAUGACAAGAAUAAAUCUAUCGUGUGGGAUGAAAAGAAGCAGCGGUGGGUUAACAUGGACGAACCUGAUGGGGAAGAGAACAAGCCUCCGCCACCUCCCCCGUCCACUAUGCCUAAAAGACCCCAGAACAUUCCCCCUGGCCCAGGCGGUCCACCCAACCCCUCCGUCAACAUGUUCUCCAUCCGAGCAGCAGGAACGAGAGGCCGCUACGUUGAUGUCUUAAACCCAAGUGGAAGCAGACCCUCCAACCCUGUCCCUCCACCCGCCGAUCUGUUUGCCCCUCUGGCCCCGAUGCCGAUGCCCGCCAAUCUGUUUGUUCCAAACGCAGUUCCUGAGCCGGAGCAGCCGAUGGAAGCCAGCGGCGCUGAAACUGCGCAACCCGGCGAGCCAACCGGCUACGAUGCCCAGUCACAGCUUUCAAAUACAGCUUCCUUCCCCCCGGGAGCUGAUGUCACAGGUUCCAACGAGGAGAGCCCACCAGGAGAGCUUUCUCGAUCUAGUUCUAUGAGUUCCUUAUCACGGGAAGUAAGCCAGCAUUUUACACAGGCUCCGGUUAACACGGCACCCGUCUCCGCUCCUCCUGCCGGCACGGUCACUUUCUACAACCCAUCUAAUUUUGCACAACGCCGGCCCCCUUCUGCUGCCGCCGGAGGAGCGAGGCCCGGCCGCCUCGGUCAACGGAAAUACCCAACGCUGAAGUAGUGUCUCUGCCGCGUGGCCGCGCAAAACAUUUCAAACGCGUUCUCCCCGUGGGAAGCGCACGACCUUCUCUCCUGGCUACGGAGCUCCGUACCUUUUAGACUUUUAGAUUCCGUGAAACCAGUUGGAACCUGGCAAAUAUUUCUUAAGAUUGGCGGGUUUUCCAGCAUCGAUCGUCGCGUAACCCUUUCACGGCUGAACCGAAGAGCUUUGGCAAUUUCCAAAAAAAACAAA